AUGGCGUCAGUAGAGCAGAUUCGGCAGCGUCUGAUCAACGCCAACGCACUGCCGCACCCCACAGGUCAUACCAACACGGACAUGUCGAACGGUAGUAUCAUUGUCCCCACGAUAGGGCAACGGCAGCGUUCUGCUUUGCUCUCCGAUGCUAUCAAGGUAAACCCACUGAGCUCGUCUGCCUACACAGAAUCGAUGCAGGCGCCCCAAAAUGUGGCAUGUUCAAAGUAUGACAAUGGUGGCGUAGCUUUUGAUGCGUCUGCUGCAGCUAAUGAGUCCUUUCAACCGAAAUGUGCUCAUGCAAUAAGAAGCCCUUCAAUGCCUCACAGCGUAAGUGGUGACAGUGUCAUCAGUAUUCAAAUCCAAAUGCCCUUGGAAGUCCUAGAGAUGACCAGAAAGUAG